AUGGCGGAAAGAAUUACAAGCCAUGACCGAAAGAAUGUCUGGAGUAUAUUCGUCUUCGUUGCGAGAGUACAAUGGCCUGGGCCGUCGUCUUUCGGGCUCCCCGAGCCCAGCGAGCCGAUCAUGGCCGCCCCUUGUGAGGCCCCUGGAUGGUACCUGAUUCAGCUGUUCAGCUCCGAAAUCCAGAACGCACAGUGCUCAGGGAACCAAAUAAACGGAUCGUGCAGGUUCGUGCUGCUACUCUUCCUCAGCUUGCGUUCUCUUCCGGGAAGGAAUCAGGCACCAGUGCAGGGCUUAGAGGAACAGCAAGCAUCUCCUGGUGAGGAGGACCCAGAGAGAAAUGGCUACCAGAGCGCCGUGGCGGCCCUUCCGCUCCCACCCGAGUACAAUGUCACUAGUUCAUCACGAGAAUCAGAGACACAGUCCCAAUUUUGUAAGGACAGAUUCGGAACGAAAUUCCUCGAAGACUUCCGAGACCGCCGAGCAGACUAUUGUUCCGAGGGCUCGUCGAGCCUCACAUGUUUCCACACCGUCAAUUCCGGCUCCUUUGCCAGUGGAUCACUAGACUCUUUCUGCGUGGCUCGAGACGGCACUUUCUUCGACAUCCACGGGCACAAGUUCGCACUCGGCUGCCAGAUCCGAGGACUGUCGGACCAAGAAAAGGUAUUGGGCGCGGCUUCGUUCCAGGAGCUACAAUCGUACCAGUACUUAACCGGCCCGAAAUACCUUCUGAGCGAAUGGGAAGCUAUGUUUAGCCCCGACGACUUUCCGAGAACAGACAUAAUCAUUUUAGAUGAAUACCCUGACGGCCCAUACUUCGAACUCUUCAGCAUGGUUUCGGGCAGGAAACCCUUACGCCUGACUGAGUGGGUUGAAAGUAGGAGGAGUAGAGACAAUGGAGACAUUGGAGCCAUGAUCCCCAUCGACAAGAUAAUCAUCCCCCUUGCAGGCGCCGCCAACCCCCUCUGGAGUGACUGGGUCUCUAUCGAAUGCAGGGACAAUUCGAUUUUGCGGGUCUUUGUCCAGAGGGUCUUCGACUUCUACGGCAUCCCUCGCAUACGACACCGGGAUACACCGAGCCCACAUACUUCCAGCUUCUUCUUGUUGCCAUCGCCGCCCAGACUCAACGUCAGCAUUGUCGUCCGCAAGAACUCGCGCAAGUUGAUUGGGAUUGAUGAGCUCCUUUUUGAGGCGGCCAAGGUCAAGUUCUCACACGUGGCUGAUAUCCGUCUUGUAGACUUUGAAGGCAAGCCGUUCCAGGAGCAGAUCCAAAUUGCACGCGACACCGAUGUUCUGGUGGGGAUGCACGGGGCAGGCUUUACACAUGUGCUGGAGUUUUACUACAAACCCGAGGACUGGUCAUUUGCCUGCUCCGACCCCAAGGUGACGGGUGGGGAGAAGUCGUAUAUGAUGUGCAAGAAUCGUGCAGCAAGCGACGACUGGUAUCAGACCUGCAAUAAGAAAGAGGCCUCCGAUAUAUGGUGGAUGACAAGGUACAUAAUGGAGAAGGACAGAUUUUUGAACUUGAUAGGGGAUGCGAUCGAAGCCGUGCAAAAACGGGAAAUGGACCGAAAAGGAUAA